ACAUGUGGUCACUUGGAAAGCCCAGAUAAACCUCUCUCUCUUUUCCCUUGCCUUGCUUCGCUGCAAGUGGGUGGCCCUUGGAAACACCUUAUUUUAACAUUCGGGCUAUAAAUACUGCUCUACGAUCGAGACGGAGCGAAAGACUGCGGAGGGCACCAGGACGCACGCGGAGCCGGUUAAUCGCCUUAGCCACUCCUUGCCGCAGAGGCUUUCUUACGCUGAACCUGCACUGUACCUAAUAUUUGAGAAAGAAAAUUGGAGAAAUAUCACUGAAUCCUUGGGAGAAUAUUUACAGAAAAGGAAAACAGUAGUGGGUUUUCUUUUUGGAAAAUAAACUUAUCUGCUUGGCAGCAGUUUUUCUCACUGAUUGCAUCUUAACAGCUUGAGCUCUCUUAAGGCACUUCUCUCCUGCUUCCAUCACAGUUGAACAAUUUGCUUGCUCACAGUGCACCUUACCCAGCAAUCAAGAUGAUGCAGAUCUGUGACUCUUACAGCCAAAAACAUUCCCUCUUCAAUGCAAUGAAUCGCUUCAUUGGAGCUGUUAACAACAUGGACCAAACAGUGAUGGUGCCCAGUCUUCUUCGGGAUGUGCCUCUCAUGCUGGAUGAACUGGAUUCAGGGGGUGGUUGUGGAGAAACGGAGCCCCAGUUGACCCCCAAUGGCAGUACCUAUUGUUCUUGUAGAGAUAUGUAUAGUCACUAUAUGUUGCUCAAAUCCAUUCGCAAUGACAUUGAAUGGGGUGUAUUACAACAGGCAAAUGAGGAAACCACUGGAAGGAAGAAGGAUAAGCUGAAUGGGAGCUCUGGUGCCAUGGACAUAAGCCGAGGAAUCCCUGAAGAUGAGGAGGUGGAGGAGGAUUUAGAGAAGCAAUUUCAUUAUCACCUGAGUGGGCUUCACACUGUGCUCUCCAAACUUACCCGCAAGGCCAAUGUACUUACCAACCGCUACAAGCAGGAGAUUGGAGUCAACAACUGGGGGCACUGAAUCAGGGAGGGGGAAAGCACUGCCUGCCUGUUCUGGUGAGAAAAAAAAAAACAGAAAUAGGGGAAAUAGGUAUUUGGAAAGGGCUAAGGAGGAAUGCAAGCAAGAAUAGUGUGUGUGUGUGAGAGAGAGAGAGAGAGAAAGGGGGAUUUAAAAAUUGGAGUAUAUCAAGUAGUAAGCUUAGGGUGCAGUAUAAAAUUUUGUGUCUUGGAGACAAGAAUACAAAGAUAAAGUGAAAGGGACUUUUUAUUUUAGAAUUUUACUGUUGACUACUAUAACCUUUUAGGGAGGCGGAGUGAUAAAUUUCUGCCUCAACUAGCAGGCAUAAUUAGGCAGCCAAGUAUAAAGUUUCCAGAUUCUGAGGACUCAGAAUGAUGUAUAAUGGCCAUGGCUAAUUACUGAAAGAGUUUGUUGUAAUUCUUGGGAAACUGCACAAGUGCAUGUGGUGGUGGCAAUUGUAAAGAUGAUUGUAUCACUUCUUUCCUGAUUUUGCACUAAUUUUGUAACAAAUAUAUGUGUGGAUAUAUGUAAGAACCUAUGAAUUCUCUGCAUGCUUUCAGAAUUGUAGACAUCUUUUUAAUAACACACAAAAAUUAUAUUAACACUAGUUAAAUAUGUUUUUAAAUAUACAGGGUGAACAGUUAUUAUUCAUCUUUAGAUUCAACACUUAUCUUUCCAUAUUGCAUAGAAUUGGUUGAGAUGAAACUGCAAGUAUGCGACGUAAAUUAUUUUUGCAGUGGAUAGAGCCAGUUAAUGUCCACCUAUAUCAGUGGAGAGUAAAACCAAUUACUUAAUGUGCACUCAUUUCACUGGAAAGAUAGGGUUCCAUUAUUGUACAUGUAUUGAAGAUUAUUUAAACUUUUUAUUCAGAUGUGGAAUAUAUUCUAAAAUAAGAUAUAUUGACUAAAGUUGAUGUAUGUUUGUAUACUAUGGCUCCACUUGAAUUAAAUGCUAAUGUUUACAGUACAGGGACUCUAGGUAUUCUUUACAAGAGAAAUUACUCUUUGUUUUAAUCAAUUUAUUCAAAUUUAUUGUAGGAGCAGUAUUCUCUGUUCACAGCUCUUAUUCCAUGGAUCAGCUCAUCCAUGGAAUUGCAUUAUAUUCCAAAUUAGAUUGUUUAAUUUAUGUAUAUGCUGACUUUCUUUGAUUAAAUUCAAAGCAAUGCAAA